AUGGACAAUGACCCUUACACACUUGAUCCACACGGCGAUGUGAUGCUCCUGUUCCCCAAUGUCAAUAGAACCUCUCCUCCUAGUCAGAGCGUGGAAACGGGCAACCAGAGUUUUCCUUUAGCGAGUCUGACGACAUCCAUCAUGAUGGACGCGUCUGCCCUCGAACAAAACACCAGCGAUGUUCAUACGACGUCUGACCCAGAAGCUGUCUCACACCUACCGUCAACCUCUGAAGUUAGUGACGCGAGGGAAGAAGGACAUUUCGAGAGCAGCCUCAUCGGCAUGCGCGUCUCCUCAAGACACUUGGCCCUCGCCUCCCCCGUCUUCAGCCGCAUGUUCAACGGCAACUGGCACGAGGCACGCGAGAUCCGCUCCGAAGGCAUUGCAGUUAUCAUCAUGGACAUUUGGGACGUUGACAUCACGCUCAUCAUCAUGAACAUCAUGCAUGGCUACGCGCCCAAGGUCCCUCGCAAGGUUGAUCUAGACACUCUAGCCAAAAUCGCUGUGAUGGUUGAUUAUUAUCAGUGUCGCGGGGUUGUGGAGGUCUUCGCGGAUAUCUGGAUCGAUGAGUUGAAGGCUGAUAUGCCGAAGACUUUUGGAAAAGCUGUUUUUCAGUGGAUAUGCAUUGCAUGGGUGUUUCGCAAGCAGACCGAGUUCUUCGCUGCUACGCGGGUUGCACUCGUUGAGAGUCCUGGAGUGGUACAUGCCUACGGACUCCCGAUUCCUAACAGAGUGAUUGAAACAAUCAACGAAUCUCGACAGCAGGGAAUCAGAGAGGCUCUGGCCGCCGUUGAUCGGGUAAUCGAUGACCUGAGCUCUUCCACAAAUAGAUGCUCUUUCGAAUGUAGUUCAAUACUGCUUGGUGCUUUGAUGAAAUUCUUACGACUCUCCAAUCUCAUCUUUCCCGAUCCAAGACCUCCUUAUGAUAACCUGAGCAUUGGAUCCUUAACUAGAAGCGUGGUUCUCUUUGCUCGAUCUCCUCUCUGGGAGGCUAGGCUAUCAACGAAGGGGCGCCCUGAAUGGCACAGUUGCAGACUUGGAACCCUCCUUGAUCCUGUCCGCAGGGAUCUAGAGGCUAAAAUGAAUGGAUUGAAGUUGGAGGACUUUGAAUGA